UGUUUCAUCAGUGACAUCACACUGAUUGCCACCUCCCUCAGACUACUUUAGGCUCUGCCCAGAGCCCAGGAGUCUAGACAACCCAGGAGACGAGCAGGAGUUGGAGCCCAAGUUGGGGAGAGAGAGGAGAAGCCUACUGCAGCCCAGUGUGUCCUUGACCCUGUUCAGGAAGUAAGGACGAGCAGAAGGUCUCUGUGUGCCCUCAGAAGUCUGCCUUCAGUUCUCACCAAGCCACUCUGAGAAUGGAGCGAUCCACCCGGGAGCUGUGUCUCAACUUCAUGGUUGUCCUGAUUACAGUUAUGCUCAUAUGGCUCCUGGUGAGAUCCUAUCAGUACUGAGAUGCCACAGCUCCUGGAAUUGACUGCGACACUCCAGGGCUGUCUUCUAUAUGCCCUGAGAUCCCACUGCUGUCAUGGGAUGCCUUUUCUGGCUCCCCACGGCAGUUCUGACCUGCUCGCACUGCAUCUGGGGUGCCUUCAGUGCUAGGAUCCGUUGUGUGAUCUCUAAAGAUGCUGCUCCCAGUGGCUGCCAAGUGUUUGCCAGUGAGCAUUAGAUCUACUCCCCAGCUCCUACUGCAAAUGUGUUAGACAAGCCACAAGGUUAAAAGUAAACUGGAUUCAUGAUGACAUAAAAUUAUAACAAGCCCAUGAUGUGUCUCACCACACAUCCCUUCAACCCACACUCAGCAACCAGACUCUAAAUCAACCUGCCAGAAGAAAGAAAUGUUAAAGGAAGUCUUUGUCAGCCCUUAUAGCUAUCAUGUGAAUAAAAUCAACCAAAAAAAUGACUUUUAGAAUUUCUUUUAGCUUCUAUUUGUGAUGCUGCAUUUGACCUUUGGCUGGGAUUGAAGUGACAAAUGUUACAGUAUUUCUAGCAUUUGAGAUAAGCCAGGAUCCUCCAACUGCUAUUUGAAACCAAGUCAAUUAAGUGUCAUAUUUCAAAUAAUUCCAUUGGUUCAGUGCUCCUCAAACUUUCCCUCUGAACCAGUCCCAAGGGCAGAGGGAAAAUAAAUCCAUUCCACUAAGAGGUCUGGAGCACAGCCUGAACUGUCCACUAAAUGCACAAAAUUUCUUUGAAGCCUUG